AUGCCACUGGCCAUGAAAUACUGCCCCAGGCAGGGGAGCCCAAGAGCCCACAGGAUGGAUUCUAGUAAAACGUCUCAGCUGCCCCCCGGGGAGGGUCUCAAUAUCCGACUGCCCCCUCUUACCCUACCUGUGACUUCGACAGCCCGGAGCCCCCCCGCUAACAAACUGAUGACCUACCGAAGAUCUAAAGAACAGCAGAAGAUCCUGAAUGAUAUAAUAAUCAAAAAGGCUUUGAAAGCCUACGAGGAAACAAUGAAGGAGCAGAAAAAGAGGGUCCCCUCGCCCCCCGAACCACAACUGCCGGCCACCAUGAACAGCGAGCAGAGGAGGCGCAGGUUGAAUUACUUGUUCAUGAAGAGGUGUGUGGAGAGCAACCCCGUGGUGCCCAUCCAGCGGCACUGGUUAGACUCCAUGCUGUCCCUGGUGCCGGCAUCUUUACGUCAGGGCAAGACGCGAGAAAGCCUGGUUACAGAACUACUGGAGGAGGUGUCGCAAGAGUUCGAGAGCAGCAUGAAGAAACAUCUUGUGAGAAGUUUUCUAGUGAAGCCGGAAGUGAAAGGACUCGAAGCAGAAGAAUCCGGCCCGUUACCCGAGUCCGCACUGGGUCUGGAUUUCUCACGGCCCUGGCACCAGAGCUUUGUGGCAGCGCGGCGUGAAAUUAAAACCAACCUGCACAUUCUCCAUCCCACCCUGAGGACCAUACUGGACCUGGGCUACACUACGCUCUCCAAGAUGCUGAUCGUUGAUCUGUCCGAGUACAGGGCCAAGGGGUGCGUCGAAUGUGAAUCAUUAAAAAACAGCGUCUCUUUAGCGUGCGCGAAGAUGGAGGAGAAGCUGCUUAAUACCUGGUACCCAAAAGUUAUCAACCUUUUCACUAGCAAAGAAGCCAUGCGCGACGUCAGAGCCGACAAAAUCGAUUCCUUCUACACCUGCGUCUCCACUCUCAUGUCAAAUCAGCUGAAAGACCUGUUGAAAAGGAGCGUGGAGGCGUUUGUGAGGUUAUUUGAUCCCCUGGAUACAAGAUGGCUGCCGCUGUUCAAGAUGGAACUGACUUUCGAUGACGAGAAAAUGGAUUUUUAUCCAAGUUUCCAAGACCUCGAGGAAGCUGUUUUAUUUAUUGCGACCCAGAUAUCAAAUACACUACAGAACGUUCAAAGCGUCCAGUCGUGGUUGGCUGGAGGUACAACGGUCCAAAUUAUCGAGGCAAAGCUCCCCCACCAUAUCAUCCAAUGGGCCUUCACAAAGCUGAAGGAGGCAGUCCGGGAAAACCUGGAAGGGCCCAAGAAACAUUACGAAACCUACGUUGAAAGCUUCAGCUGGUUGGUGGACGGUACGGCUUCUCAGCAGGUGGACACAUUUCUUGCAGAAGAUCACAGCUUUCAGGAAUACACAGCACGUAUAGAGCAGUUCCACAAACUGGCGAGGAACAUCAUGAGUCUGCCGGCGCGGGAACAUUUCUCCAUGGUGCAGCUGGACUGCGACGAUCUGAAGAGCGGCUUGUCAGAUAAGGCCAAAGGCUUCGCAACUAAGUUACUGGAGAGACUGGUGACAAACCACAGAGAGGAGAACGAGAAAAUCUGCAGAGAGUUUGAGAUGAUUAAAGAACAAGCGCUGAAGGUUCCUAUAACCACGGAAGACGUGAUAGAGGAGAUCACGUUUGUCGAGAAAGUCAAGACGAUAGGCCUUGUGGAGCUAAAAGCGCGUAUCGCGGAGAGCCAGCGGAGGAUGAAUUAUCUUUUGGAUGUUUUUAUUUUCACGCCUGAAGAUCUGGCCCUGAAUUCGGUAGUGCUGCUCUGGCCUCAGAACAUUAACCCCGUCUUUGAUGAAAAUGAUGAGCUGAUUGAAAAAGCCAAGCGUAAAGGCGAGGGCGAAUUAUUGGCCAAGCGGGAGAAACUGAUGCUGGAGCUGGAGAAACUUUCCCAGCGGAUGGAAGAAUUCACCGAAUGUUCGGAAUUGGAUUUGGUGCAUCAGUAUGUAACAGAUGUGAGGACCGCGCAGAAGCGUAUCGCGGACGCAGAGGAGGCCAUAACGUUUAUUAACAAAGAAGAGGCUCUGUAUAAAUGGGAUCUGACAUCCUACCCCGAGCUGGAUUUCUUAAAAGUCAACAUUGAGCCGUAUCAGAAAAUCUUCGGGCUGAUCUAUAAGUGGCAGAGAACUGAGAAAAGAUGGAUGGACGGGGCGUUCCUUGACCUGAAUGGAGAAAGCAUGGAAGCCGAGGUGGACGAGUUUUUCAGGGAGGUCUAUAAGAUGAUGAAGUUAUUUCAGCAGAAGCAGAAGAAGGCUGAGGAGGAGGAGAAAAAGUCAACUCGUCACCGGACACUCACCGAGGAGGCAGUUGAGGAGGAGAAGAAAGAGAACUCUACGGUGCAAAUGUGCUCCGUGGUGAUGGAGCAAAUCAAGACGUUUAAGGAAUAUAUCCCUCUGGUCAGCAUCCUUUGUAAUCCAGGGAUCCGUCCCCGUCACUGGAGUCAGAUUUCGCAGAUUGUGAGCUACGACAUGACUCCCAACUCUGGAACCACCCUGAGAAAGGUUUUGAAGCAGAAUUUGGCUCCAUACUUGGAUAAGUUUGAGCAAAUCAGCGCUGCGGCCAGCAAGGAGUUCUCUCUGGAGAAGGCUAUGCACACCAUGGAGGACGCGUGGGAAAACAUUUCAUUUAACACCAGCGCCUAUCGGGAGUCUGGGGUGUCCAUCCUGUCUGCGGUAGACGAAAUUCAGAGCACCCUAGAUGAUCAAAUCAUAAAGACGCAGACAAUGAGGGGAUCCCCAUUCAUCAAGCCGUUCGAGAAGGAAAUAAAGCGAUGGGAAGAGCGUCUGAUACAUGUUCAAGAGACCAUAGAUGAAUGGCUGAAGGUCCAGGCGCAGUGGCUCUACCUGGAGCCCAUCUUCUCCUCCGAAGACAUCAUGCAGCAGAUGCCUGAAGAAGGACGGCUCUUCCAGACGGUGGACAGGAACUGGAGGGAGAUCAUGAAGCAUUGCGUGAAGGAUCCAAAGGUUCUCAACGCAACCUCUAUGACGGGGCUUUUAGAAAAACUACAAGACAGCAAUUUGCUUUUGGACAAAAUCAUGAAGGGUUUAAACGCUUAUCUGGAGAAAAAGAGACUUUUCUUUCCACGUUUUUUCUUUCUGUCUAACGACGAAAUGCUAGAAAUCCUGUCGGAAACCAAGGACCCCCUGCGCGUCCAGCCGCAUUUAAAAAAGUGUUUCGAAGGUAUCGCUAAGUUGGAAUUCCUCCCCAAUCUUGAUAUUAAAGCCAUGUACAGCACAGAAGGGGAGCGAGUGGAGCUGAUCCAAAUCAUUUCCACGUCGGAAGCUCGAGGGGCCGUGGAGAAAUGGCUAAUCCAAGUGGAGGACAUUAUGUUGCGUAGCGUACGCGAUGUCAUUGCACGAUCAAGAGAGGCUUAUCCUGAAACCCCUAGGAAAGAUUGGGUGAGAGAAUGGCCGGGACAGGUCGUCCUCUGCGUCUCCCAAAUGUACUGGACGAGCGAGGUCCACGAGGCCAUCCGCAGUGGCCCGGGGGGCCUGAAGAGUUACUACAAGUCGCUCCAGUUACAGCUUAAUGACAUCGUCGAACUGGUGAGAGGCAAGUUAUCUAAACAGACGCGGAUCACGCUGGGGGCUCUGGUCACCAUCGAUGUCCAUGCCCGAGAUGUAGUCAUGGAUAUGAUUGAGACGGGUGUCACCCAUGAGACAGACUUCCAGUGGCUGUCCCAGCUGCGCUAUUACUGGGAGAACGAGAAUGCGCGAGUGCGGAUCAUUAACUGUAACGUGAAGUAUGCUUACGAGUAUCUGGGCAACUCUCCGCGGCUCGUCAUUACCCCGCUGACGGACAGGUGCUACAGAACCUUGAUCGGUGCCUUUUAUCUAAAUCUUGGGGGAGCUCCGGAGGGUCCGGCAGGCACAGGAAAAACCGAGACCACCAAAGAUUUGGCCAAAGCUCUGGCCGUGCAGUGCGUGGUCUUCAACUGCUCCGAUGGUCUGGAUUACAUAGCCAUGUCCAAGUUUUUUAAGGGUCUGGCCUCGUCGGGGGCCUGGGCAUGUUUCGAUGAGUUUAACCGCAUCGAGCUGGAAGUGCUGUCGGUUGUGGCUCAGCAGAUCCUCUGCAUCCAGAGAGCCAUCCAAACCAAGAUGGAAAUAUUUAACUUUGAAGGCACCGAACUAAAGCUGAACCCUAACUGCUUCGUCGCCAUCACCAUGAACCCAGGCUAUGCCGGCCGCUCCGAGUUGCCGGACAACCUUAAGGUUCUCUUUAGAACUGUGGCCAUGAUGGUCCCCAACUACGCCCUUAUCGCCGAGAUCUCCCUCUAUUCUUAUGGUUUCCUCCAUGCUAAGCCCCUCUCGGUGAAGAUUGUGAUGACCUACAGGCUGUGCUCGGAGCAGCUCUCCUCUCAGUUCCACUACGACUACGGGAUGCGGGCCGUCAAGGCCGUUCUAGUGGCUGCCGGCAACCUCAAGCUGAAGUAUCCCGAGGAGAACGAAGAUAUACUUCUUCUGAGAUCCAUCAAGGACGUAAACGAGCCCAAAUUUCUGUCCCAUGAUAUCCCGCUGUUUAACGGAAUCACCAGCGACCUCUUUCCUGGUAUCCAACUUCCUGAAGCCGAUUACAAAGAUUUACUGGCGUGUGCCCACGAAUGCUGCGUCAGACACAACGUCCAGCCGGAGUCGGUCUUCUUAGAGAAAAUGAUACAGACCUACGAGAUGAUGAUCGUAAGACACGGUUUUAUGUUGGUCGGAGAGCCGUUUUCGGGUAAAACGAAGGUCCUUCAGGUUUUGGCCGAUACCCUCUCCCUCAUGAACGAAAAAGGCUGCGAGGAAGAAAAGGUCGUAUACAGGACGGUGAACCCCAAAUCCAUCACCAUGGGGCAGCUUUUCGGGCAGUUUGACCCGGUGUCACACGAGUGGACCGACGGUAUAGUCGCCAAUACUUUCCGUGAGUUCGCGUUAUCCGACACCCCCGAACGCAAAUGGGUCGUGUUCGACGGGCCGAUCGAUACUCUGUGGAUAGAGAGUAUGAACACCGUGCUGGACGACAACAAAAAGCUUUGCUUGAUGAGUGGGGAGAUUAUUCAAAUGUCUCCGCAAAUGAGUCUGAUCUUUGAAGCGAUGGACCUGUCCCAGGCCUCGCCUGCCACGGUGAGCCGCUGUGGUAUGAUCUACCUGGAGCCCUUGCAGUUGGGCUGGAUGCCGUUGGUGAAGUCGUGGCUGAACACCGUCCCUGAGGCGCUGCGGAGUAAAGAGCAUCUUCCGCUCCUCGAGGAGCUUUUCCGUUGGCUGGUUCCUCCGGCGCUGCGGUUUCUGCGCAAACAGUGCAAGGAACUGGUCUCGUCGAGCGACAGCAAUGUUGUGGUCUCACUCACCAGACUCUUCGAAAUGCUGCUUUUUGACGCGGUCGGCGAGGAGCCGACGAAUAAAAACAUCCGGAUCUGGAUAAUGGCGUGCUUUGCUUUUUCCAUGACGUGGUCCAUCGGCGGCUGCUGCGACUCCGACAGUCGGGUUAAAUUUGAUGCAUUUUUGAAAGAGAUCGUAUCGGGGAAAUCCGAGGGGAACCCGGUGCCGGCCGCCGUGGGCAAGUGGGAAUGUCCGCUGGAUGAUAAAGGCUUGGUUUAUGACUUCAUGUACGAGCUGAAAGGCCGCGGCCGCUGGGUUCACUGGAACGAGUUUAUCAGAAACGCAAACAUUGGAGACAAAAACACAAAGAUUCAGGACAUUAUUGUCCCGACGAUGGACACCGUGAGAUACACGUUCCUGAUGGAGCUCUGCAUCAGACACGCCAAACCUUUGUUAUUUGUGGGCCCGACCGGCACAGGGAAAUCAGUUUAUGUGAAGGACAAGUUAAUGAACAACUUGGAUAAAGAAAAGUUCUUUCCUUUCUUUAUCAAUUUCUCGGCUCGGACCAGCGCCAACCAGAUCCAGAACAUCGUCAUGGACAGGCUGGAUAAAAGGCGUAAAGGCGUGUACGGGCCUCCCGUGGGGAAGAAAUGCGUCGUUUUCGUUGAUGAUAUGAACAUGCCUGCCUUAGAGAAAUAUGGAGCCCAGCCGCCCAUCGAACUGCUGAGACAGUUUUUUGACCACGGAAAUUGGUAUGAUGUGAAGGACACCUCCAAGAUCUCCCUCGUUGACGUGCAGCUGUUCGGCGCGAUGGGCCCCCCCGGCGGCGGGAGGAAUGCUGUGACCCCGAGAUUUUUACGCCACUUCAACUUGUUCACCAUUAAUGCUUUCAGCGACGAGACAAUGAUCCGCAUCUUCUCCGCCGUGGUCUCUUUUUACCUUAGAAAUAACGAGUUCUCACCUGACUUCUUCACCGUUGGCAACCAGAUUGUUAGCGGCACGAUGGAGGUGUAUAAAAAAGCUAUGGAGAACCUGCUGCCCACCCCAGCCAAGUCCCAUUACACGUUCAAUCUGCGGGACUUCUCCCGCGUCAUCCAGGGCUGUCUGCUGAUCAAGAAAGAAGCGGUGGAAAGUAAGCGCGUCAUGGUGCGCCUCUUCGUGCACGAAGUCCUGCGGGUGUUUUAUGAUCGGUUAGUCGAUGACGACGACAGAUCCUGGCUCUUCAGAUUAAUCAAGGACGUGGUGAAAGAUCAUUUCAAGGAAAAUUUCGACUCGGUGUUCGAGCAUCUUAAACAAGGCAACGAACCCCUUUCUGAGGAAUCGCUCCGGAAUCUGCUGUUCGGCGAUUACAUGAACCCGGACCUGGAGGGAGACGAGCGUCUGUACGCGGAGAUACCGAGCGUUCAGCAGUUCAACGAUGUGGUGGAGAGAUGUUUGGAGGAAUAUAACCAAACCCACAAAACCAGGAUGAACCUCGUUAUAUUUAGAUACGUUGUGGAACAUUUGUCCCGGAUCUGCCGCAUCCUGAAACAGCCAGGAGGCAACGCUUUGCUGGUCGGCGUUGGAGGCAGCGGACGGCAGUCCCUAACCCGUCUCGCCACCGCCAUGGCAAAAAUGAAUAUCUUCCAGCCGGAGAUCUCCAAGAGCUAUGGGAUGAAUGAAUGGAGAGAAGACCUCAAGAAUCUUCUGCGGAACGCGGGGGUGAAGGGACAGAAAACCGUGUUUCUGAUAACAGACACUCAGAUCAAACAAGAAGCGUUCCUGGAGGACGUGGACAGUCUGCUCAACACCGGGGAGGUCCCGAACCUGUUUGCGGCAGAUGAAAAGCAGGAAAUAAUGGAGGGAGUCCGUCCAGUCGCCCAAGCUGGAAAUAAAAACGCCGAGCUCAGCCCUUUGGCUUUAUUCGCCUUCUUUGUGAAUCGCUGCAAAGAAAACCUGCAUAUCGUGGUUGCCUUUAGCCCCAUCGGAGACGCCUUUCGCAACCGCCUUCGGCAAUUCCCGUCGCUCAUCAACUGCUGCACCAUCGACUGGUUCCAGCCGUGGCCUGAAGAUGCCCUCGAACGGGUGGCCGUGAAGUUUUUGGAAACGCUGGAAAUGACGGAAACCGAGCAUCAAGAAGUUGUGUCCAUCUGUAAACACUUCCACACGUCUGCGAUAUCCCUGUCCGACAAGUUCUUGAGAGAACUGGGGAGACAUAACUACGUUACUCCCACCUCUUACCUGGAACUCAUCGCCGCUUUCCGCCAGCUCCUGACGCAGAAACGCGAUACAGUGAUGAAAGCGAAGAAGAGAUACACCAACGGCUUGGACAAGCUGGCGUUCGCGGAGUCUCAGGUGGGAGAGAUGAAGAAAGAGCUGGUGGAACUGCAGCCCAAGCUGGAGGAAGCCAAGGUGGAAAACGCCAACAUGAUGGAGAUUAUUGAAAAAGAAUCAGCCGAAGUUGAAGCAAAGAGUAAAAUCGUCCGAGUGGAUGAAGAAGUGGCCACCCAGAAAGCCGCCGAAGCCCAAGCCUUGAAAAACGAGUGUGAGAGUGACCUGGCGGAGGCCAUUCCGGCCCUGGAGGCCGCUCUCUCGGCCCUCAACACCCUAAAGCCAUCUGACGUCUCGAUCGUGAAAGCCAUGAAGAACCCGCCAUCGGGGGUAAAACUCGUUAUGUCAGCCGUGUGCGUCAUGAAAGAAAUAAAACCCGAGAAAAUAAAUGACCCCGCGGGCACCGGCCAGAAGAUAUUGGAUUAUUGGGGUCCGAGUAAAAAGCUUUUGGGGGACAUGAAUUUCUUAAAAGACCUGAAAGAAUAUGACAAGGACAACAUUCCAGUCCCCGUAAUGCAGAAAAUCCGCAGUGAAUUCAUCCCAAACCAGGAUUUUAAUCCAGCCAUCGUGGCCAAGGCGUCUUCCGCCGCCGAGGGUUUAUGUCGCUGGAUUUUGGCAAUGGAGGUUUACGACAGAGUCGCCAAGGUGGUUGCUCCUAAGAAAGCUCGCCUGGCAGAGGCCGAGCAGUCAUUGACCGAAACGAUGGCUCUUCUGAACCAAAAGAGAGCCGAGCUCAAAGCCGUCGAAGACCGGUUGGCCGCUCUACAAGAAACGUUUCGCGAGAAGACGGAGGAGAAAGUCCGACUGGAAUUCCAAGUGGACCUCUGCGCAAAGAAACUGGAGCGAGCUGAGAAACUCAUCGGGGGCCUCGGAGGAGAGAAAUCCAGAUGGUCCAGCGCUGCAGAUUCCCUGCAGAACACAUACGACAAUUUGACCGGCGACGUCCUGGUAUCGGCCGGAGUCAUCGCCUAUCUGGGGGCUUUUACAGCCGGCUUCCGGCACGAGUGCACCAAGAACUGGAGCAAGCUGUGCAAGAGUAAAAUGAUUCCUUGUUCUGAAGAUUUCUCUUUGAGUAAAACGCUUGGCGAUCCAAUUAAAAUCCGAGCUUGGAAUAUCGCCGGGUUACCGACGGAUAGUUUUUCCGUUGAUAACGGAGUCAUCGUUAGUAACUCGAGGCGCUGGCCGCUGAUGAUUGACCCUCAGGGUCAAGCCAACAAAUGGAUAAAGAACUCGGAGCGAGAGAACCAGCUGAGCGUGAUCAAGUUAACCGACCCAGACUACAUGCGCACUCUGGAGAACUGUGUCCAGUUUGGGACUCCUCUUCUUCUGGAGAAUGUGGGAGAGGAGCUGGACCCUUCUCUGGAGCCCUUACUGCUAAAACAGACCUUUAAACAAGGGGGUGUGGAGUGCAUCCGGCUUGGGGAGACCAUCAUUGAGUAUUCCAGAGAUUUCCGCUUCUACAUAACCACCAAGCUGAGGAACCCGCAUUACCUGCCGGAACUCGCCACCAAGGUGUCCCUUCUCAACUUCAUGAUCACCCCUGAAGGCCUGGAGGACCAGCUCUUGGGGAUUGUGGUGGCCAAGGAGAGGCCGGAGCUGGAGGAGGAGAGGAACGUGCUGAUCCUGCAGUCCGCCGCAAACAAAAAGCAGCUGAAGGAGAUCGAGGACAAGAUCCUGGAAACCUUACAGUCCUCGGAAGGGAAUAUUCUGGAAGACGAAAGCGCGAUUCAGAUCCUAGACUCCGCCAAAAUAAUGUCUAAUGAGAUUACAAAGAAGCAGCAGAUCGCAGAGAAGACUGAAAUCAAAAUAGCUGAAUCCAGAGAGGGCUACAGACCGAUCGCCAGGCACUCGUCCGUGCUGUUCUUCAGUAUCGCGGACCUGGCCAACAUUGACCCCAUGUACCAGUACUCGCUCAACUGGUUUGUCAACCUUUACAUCAACUCCAUUCAGGACAGCAACAAAUCCAAAAUCUUGGAAAAGCGCCUUCGCUACCUGAACGAUCACUUUACCUACAAUCUGUACUGCAACGUGUGCCGCUCCCUCUUCGAGAAGGACAAGCUGCUCUUCUCUUUCUUGCUUUGCUGCAAUCUGCUCAUAGCAAAAAAGGAGAUUGAAAUCCAGGAAUUUCUGUUCUUGCUGACGGGAGGAGUCGGCCUCCAGAAUAACGCGGCGAACCCAGCUCCGUCGUGGCUUCCAGAUAAGAGCUGGGAUGAGGUUUGCCGCGCAAGCGAGCUUCCCUCUUUCAAGGGCUUAAGGGAACACUUUACCGAAAAUCCCAACGAAUGGCAUAAAGUAUUCGACAGCAAAGAGCCCCACGCGGCCCCCUUACCCGGCCCCUUCGACGAGAAGCUCAAUGAGCUCCAGAAAAUGAUUCUCGUGCGCUGCCUGCGGCCGGACAAGAUAACCCCCGCCGUCACCAGCUACGUGACCGAUAAACUGGGAAAGAAGUUUGUGGAGCCGCCGCCGUUCGACUUGUCAAAGAGUUACCUGGACUCCAAUGCCACAAUCCCCCUGAUCUUUGUGCUGUCGCCGGGGGCUGAUCCGAUGGCAAGUUUGCUGAAAUUCGCCAACGACAAAGCCAUGGGGGGAGAUAAAUUCCAGGCCAUCUCCCUGGGACAGGGCCAAGGGCCCGUGGCCACCAGAAUGAUUAAAGAGGCUUUAACAGCGGGAACGUGGGUCUGUCUACAAAACUGCCACCUGGCCGUGUCCUGGAUGCCCACGUUGGAGAAGAUUUGCGAGGAAUUCAGCAGCGACGUUUGCCACCCGGACUUCAGGCUGUGGCUCACCAGUUAUCCGUCACCAAAGUUUCCAGCCACCAUCCUUCAAAACGGGGUGAAGAUGACUAACGAGCCCCCGACCGGCCUGCGGCUGAACCUGCUUCAGUCGUACCUUUCCGACCCCAUCUCUGACCCCGAGUUCUUCGGCGGAUCCCCUGGCAAAGAGCUGAUCUGGGAAAAGCUUCUCUUCGGAGUCUGUUUCUUCCAUGCUUUGGUUCAGGAGAGGAAGAAGUUCGGCCCCCUCGGCUGGAAUAUUCCUUAUGGGUUCAACGAGUCGGAUUUGCGAAUCAGCGUCCGGCAGCUGCAGCUGUUUGUGAAUGAUUACGAGCGCGUGCCCUUCGAAGCCAUCUCGUAUCUGACGGGGGAAUGUAACUAUGGGGGGCGCGUUACCGACGACUGGGAUCGCCGCCUCCUGAUGACCAUUCUGGACGAUUUCUACAACAACGAAAUCAUAGAAAACCCUCGUUAUUCCUUUUCGCCAAGCGGCAACUACAUGGCACCACCUCGGGGCUCCCACGAGGACUACGUAGAAUUCAUUAAGAGGCUUCCGUUCAGUCAGCAUCCAGAGGUCUUCGGGUUGCAUGAAAACGUCGACAUAUCAAAGGAUCUACAACAAACCAAAAUCAUCUUCGAGUCUCUGCUGCUCACCCAGGGGGGCAGUCGGCCCGGAGGGUCCUCGGGGGCCAGCGAUCACACCCUGUAUGAGAUUGCAAAUGAUAUACUGACCAAGCUGCCCAAAGACUUUGACAUCGAGGCGGCCCUGCAGAAGUUCCCGGUGCAGUACGAAGAGAGCAUGAACACCGUGCUGGUGCAAGAGAUGGAGAGGUUCAACAAUUUAAUCCGAAGCAUCCGGACGACGUUACAGAACCUGCAGAAAGCCAUCAGAGGUCUGGUGGUUAUGGACUCCGAGCUGGAAGCGCUGGCCGGCAGCUUAAUCGUCGGCAAAGUUCCCGAAUCAUGGGCAAGACGUUCCUACCCCAGCCUGAAGCCCCUCGGAAGUUACGUCACCGACUUCCUGACGCGGCUAAAGUUCCUACAGAAUUGGUUUGAUUUCGGGAAGCCCAACGUCUUCUGGCUGUCGGGCUUCUUUUUCACACAAGCGUUUCUGACGGGCGCCAUGCAGAAUUACGCCCGCAAAUACCGGAUCCCCAUCGAUCUCCUUGGGUAUGAAUUUCAGGUUCUGCCGGUGGACACGUCGGACUCGUCGCCAUCCGAUGGGGUUUAUAUAAACGGAUUGUUUUUGGAUGGAGCCCGGUGGGACCGGCAGAGCGGCGUGCUUUCGGAACAACACCCCAAAAUCCUCUUCGACCCGGUGCCCAUAAUCUGGAUUAAACCAAAUAAAAAGUCAGACAUUAAGAAGUCCGAGUCGUACGUCUGUCCUCUCUACAAGACGAGCGAGCGGAAGGGAACCCUGUCCACCACGGGCCACUCCACCAAUUUCGUCAUAGCCAUGCUGCUGCCCACCGAUAAACCCGUCAAGCACUGGAUCAAGAGAGGGGUCGCCCUCCUGUGCCAGCUGGACGACUAAACCGCCGCGCGCCCGGGGCUGGGGCUAAAGCUUCCCUGUGUGUCUGCCUCCUACCCCUAAACUAUUACUUUAUUUAACCACAGACUGAAAUGUUUUCCUUCCGUCUGUAACCUGAAUCCCCAGUAAUAAUAUAAAAUAAUAACUUUAUUCGGUUUAUUUUUUGAGGACCCCCCAGUUCCGGGGACGUUAUGUGUUCGCGUUUCGCGUCUGGACGGCACAUUUUUCAGAUGUUUGAAGCGUUCAGUGUUUGACUCGUUUCGCUUGUCAUUAUCGUGGUUUGAUGUAUUGAAUGUCCUCGCACUCUACGUCUCCACACAAUCUGUUCAGCCAAAUCUGUUUUACUUUCUAUAUAUAAAUCCUGUAAAGUAUAAACUAUAUAUAAAUAAAUAUUUUACUUGGA